AUGUCCGACAAUGAUGUUGCCAGUUCUCAACCUCAAGCCAAUGGCGGUAUGAGCCAGGCUGAUGUUGAUUUCCUUAUGUGCUGUCUUCGCAAUACUACCGGUGGUUCUAUCCAGGUUUCGAACAAGGUCUCUUCCAUCAAGAAGAAGUUCGAUCUUCCUUUUGGUGCCUCUUCACGCACUGCUGAUGAGGUGGCUGGUGGCAAGGCUGGCAAAGGCGACGUCUCACCAAAGAAAGCAUCGGAUGCUAAUGGCACCAACGAGCCUGCUGUCCCAACCACCCCUUCCAAGAAUCGCGUUACCAAAGCCAAGGCUGCUCCCAAGCCCCGUGCCAAGAAGACGCCAGCAAAGAAAUCUGUCAAGAAAUUCGAGGAGUCUGACGAGGAGCUCUCCGAUGUCAAGGAUGAGGACAUGGAGGACGUGAAGGAGGAAACCAAGGAAGACGAUGAGGAGUAG